AUGAGCAGACGCACACCGUCAUUCAACGAAGGCUACUCUUCAUCCUCGUCCGCAUCUCCUACAAAGCGUCCACGCACAUUCGAACAGCAUCACGCCGGUGGCUCACGCACACGUACACGCACACGUUCUCGCAGCGUCAGCGAUGGGCAACCUUCACUUCUGGGCUCGGUAGGCACGCUGAUACGGUUGGCGUUGGUCGCCCUCGUGUUGGCGCUGAUUGCGCCGUAUGUUCGAACUUAUUUGUUUGGUGCUGCAGCAAACAAGAGUGACAGUGUCGAUACGAGGGUGGCCAAGAAUACGUAUCACCAUCAGCAGCCGCAGUCACUCGACAGCAACAGCGUGAGCAAGGAGGGCAACGCCGAGGUGGACGUGUUCAACUUCAGUCAUCAGGACUAUCUUGCUGCUGCAGGACGUGAGGUGGGCGAUAAAGCGCGCAAAGCUGUCGCCAUUGCAUCUCCUAGUGCUGUCCUUGCUCCACCAUCAGCAUCCUCUACACGCGCCAAGCAGCAGCAGAAGCAGCAGAAGCAGCAACAGCAGCAACAGCGGGGGAAGAAAGCGAGCACCCGCGCUCGCAGCCGCAGCAACGACGACGAAUUGGACGACGAUGAUACUCGGUUCAACGAAUCCCCUACCAUCGCCACCACCACCACCAGCAGCGCCUCGUCCAUCCUCACCAUCAUCGGCACGCUCCUCAGCACGCUCUACGCCCUCGCCUCGACCGCCUUCCGCUUCGCCAGUAUCCCCUUCAUCCAUCUUUUCCGGCUAGUCCGGACGCUCUUCUCGACCAGCUACCACGCGUUCCGCUUGUCGCUGUCGCACACGCUGCGGCCGGUGCUGCACGUGCUCGCGCCGCUGACCUACCUCGUCUCGGGCAUGCUGUUCGUGUUUGUCCAGACGCCGUUCCGGAUCGUCAGCGCCGUCGUGACGGAGCUGUACCCCGUGUACAUCUUCCUGGGUGCAGCGGCGGUGGUUGGGGUUGCUAUGGGUAUCGCGUCUGCUGGGGUUAUGUACUUGAGCGCGUUUGUGUUUGUCGAUCGGUUGCCGACCCAGCCUGUGACUGCGGAGAGGUCUAUGGUUGAGGACGACCACGAGGACGAGCAGGAUGCUGAGACGCCCGAGUCCCCCGCCAGUCCGUUCACCCGUGCAGGCUACCGUCACGCUGGGCCCCCGUCAGCCGGCUACUUCCCACCCCAUACCCAGCACAGUCUGUACGCCCCUACGCCCCUCGCCUCCCCCGCCACUUCCUACCGCCCCAAGACCAGAAACGACGUCAGAACAGUAUACCCAACCUACCCAGCAGCUCCUGGCUCGUCUCUCCGCGCGGCUGUCCUCUAG